AUGGAUGACUGGGUGAAUGCCUAUGGGAAACAGGAUUUAUUCACUACAGUCCCACAGAUAAUCAACGCGAUCAAGGCUAUCGAAACCUGUCAGAGAGUGGGACCGUCGAAGUCGAAGAAGAUAAUGGAAAUUUUCCAUCACUGCAUAAGCAACAGCAAGUUCUUCGCAACUAAACUCGGCAAAUAUGUUCAAAUCGCGGUACUGGUGGGCCAUGAAAUUGACCCUGAAAAAUAUCUCAAAGGGUCCCGGGCAGUAUGGGACGGGGAAUCUCCCAUGAAGUUGAUGGAUAUUGCUUUGAAGGAGGAUCCUCAGGGGCAUCAUAUGAUCCAGGCCACAGUCCACUACUGGGGAUUCAAUGCCGGCGUGGUGAAGAACAUUGCAGAAAUGUACGAGCUAUUGUACUAG